AUGACCUUGAUUUGGAUAUUGACCUUGUUUGGAAACGAAUCGUGGGCUUCAGAAGAUACCAACCACUUCCACCAAAGCACGUCGCCACCAUCGCCAUCCUACAACUCGGCGAGCGGAGCUUAUAUGUCUACCUUAGGAAGGUUACCAUCCCAAACAGCUGACCACGUCAACGCUAACUCUCACAUCCGUCAAUCCCCCAUAUCUUGA